AUAAUGGCACAAAUACCAGUUAUAACACACACGCAAACAUUAAUAAAUCACGUUGCGUGAAUCAUUUAAAUAAUCUCCUCCCAUAAAUUUUUGUCAGAAAGGGAAACUACUAGAAAUGCAUAUGCAAUAAGGUCUGUCACAUAAAUAACUAGACCACACCUUUUGAGCACUAAUUAUCCACUGCACGUCUUCAGUAAAUCCCAACAAUCCUUAUUUAACGCCAAAAUGAUGGUUUGCGCUGGUGCAAGCUGUUAGUAAAUCUUGCCCUAAGUGUACAAUGAUAAUGAAAUAAAUGUAAAAUCCUUUAAUCAAAAUGAUAACUGUAAAUACAAUAUCAAUUGUGAACUCGAACACAGUGUGAACGACUUUGCACUACAUUAAGAUGUUUUAAAAGGCAUGCAUGCAUGUUUUUUUAACAUGAUAAUAAUGCGGGACAUUUCUCAUAUAUGCAACAUGCGGUUCAAAAGGCUGUGCAGUACAAUGCAAAGUGGAAUGGGUGGUCACCUUAAUCAUGGAUGGAUGGAUGUUUGGAUAUCAAUAAACUUACUCACGUAACCCUGGCUCCCUGAGAUAAGGAAAACAAGCAUUGCAUCAGUUGCUGACGCUAUGGGAACGUAUCUUACUAGUAGGGUUGUCAAAAGUACCGGAUCUUCGGAACCAACCGGGAACUGAUGUGCCGUUUGACAGGUUGUCAGUUGGAAACUUUUCAUAGAUGGAACAAGAAGACGCGAGUAGCAACACGCUAAUAAAGGAUCAUUGAACUCCACAAAAUAUUUGAAAGAUGUUCUGAGUCGCGUAACUCACGUACUGAAAUACUUCAGAUUUAAAGCAGAUCACCGAGAGAAUGAGCGAAGUGUCGUGAUGAAAGGAGGAAACAAACUAAAUGCAUCGACUGGAUUCAUUAGAAUUCAAGCAGGUGAGCUUCAGUUUUAACUGCAUUUGCAUUAUGAGUGUACGUCCUCGGCUCACAACAAAGAAAUUACAGAGAGUGCGAUCGGCUAAAGUAUUAAAAAAUAAUAUGACAUUCUGUGUUCAAUGCUCACAAAUGAAUGUGACUCAAACUGCCUGAUCCUGGUACUUUGUUUUAAAGUAGUACUGUAUAUCAGUAAGAAAGUAAUUUUCUGAAGGCCACAGAAGUAACGUUUCUUAGUUAAUUUAAUUAAGUUAAUUAAUUGGUAUUAUUAAUUCUGCUAAAUCUGGUAAAACCUAUAAAUGUGUAUACUUAAUUAUAGUUAUUAUACUUAUUAUUACCUUUUGAGCUAAAAUCUGGAAUUUCCUUAACAUAUUUCAGUAUUAGGUUCAAUAGAAUCACUUCUGCAUAUAGAGUUAAGUCUAUUUAUUAUCAAAGUAAUUGUUAGUAAUGCAGUUAUUUUGGGGGAAUGGUGAAUAAUUGCAUUUCACAAAAUCACACUUACAAAUAAGUUGUAUAGAUUAAAUUAGUAAACAUAUUUUGCGUGCUUUCCAGGUAGAGGGCUCUGAGCUCGGAAAUGGGCCCGAACGCAGAGUACCCCCCCCCCCCCGGUUUAGGAAUGAACUUGAUGAGUGAGAGGAGAUGGGGUGGUGGAGGGAUUCUGAAGACUGCAGAGGAUCUUUGGAGAGUUAAACUGUGACUUAUAUAUGGCUUGCCUUUGUGCUGAUUGGGUAGAUAUGAUGAUUACUGAUCAGUGAUGGAGUACUCGAGUCCUGGACUCGGACUCGAGUCUGACUCGAGUCACUAUUCUUUGGACUCGAGUCCGACUCGAGAAUCCAUUCUCUGGACUUGUGACUCGACUUGGACUCGCGGAUUGAUGACUCGUACUUGGACUCGAGGAUACAAUCGGACUUGAGCAUUCAUCACUUUGUUUUUGACUAAAUAUCUUAUACAAAAUUAUAUAAUGUGUUACACUUUUCCUGUUUCGUGCCCAAGACCGGUCGCGAUCUCUCUUCACAGACACUGCUACCUCUCGCUCUCUUUGCUUGACGACACACUCACUGACGUCACUCACUUUUACGCUCGUGCAAUGCAUGACGCAUGAUUCGCAGGCUAAAUGUUCAGAUUUGUAAAAUGCAGAAAGACGUGCCCCGGAUCGUGAAGUUCGCCUACGCGAAUUUUGCUUCUAAUGCUGGAAAGAGCAGCGCUAAAUGUUGUGUGUGUAAUCGCACAAUUGAGGAAAAGACUGGGACAACCUCAAACUUUAACAGACACCUUUCACGGAUGCAACCAGAAUAGUAAGUAAAAUGCUUUCCAUUGCCUAACGUUUGCUUUUUUCAAAAAAAUUUUAUUGACGAAUGCAUAUAACGUAUAACAAACAGAAGAAGCUAGGGUUAAUGUAUGUCUGGUUCAGAUUACAGCAUUUUUUGUCUGUUGAUAACUUAAAGAGUAACUAAACCCUAAUCCAACUUUUUUUAGUUACUGAUCUGUAAGAAUGAUGGUUUAUUAGUGCUGUUCAUUGAUUUUAGUGUUUUUUGACAUUUGGAUUGAUAUAAUGUGUUGUAAAAACGUCUGAGUGCUGCCCUCUUCAGGUUGAACGGUGGCUACUGCAGUUGAAUUUUCUUAUUGGAUGUUGGGUCUAAAAAAUGACUCGUCACGUAAGCAGGUUCAAGCUUACCACUUUUCUUGCAUUUUUCAAAUAUUGCCAGUGGGUGGAGUCAGGCUCUGACCAGGGGUUUACACACACACACACACACACACACACACACACACACACACACACACACACACACAAGUUAAAUCAUUCGGUCACACACACUCUCUCUCUCUCUCUCUCUCUCUGCAUAUCGUAUUGAUUUUUACGUUUUAAGUAUCCUGUACAGUGUCCUGUAAAAUGCAGGUUUCUUUUUUCGCUGAGUGUAAUUCUGUAAUACAGUGUUAAAGGAUUAGUUCACACAAAAAUGGAAAUUUCCUUAUCAUGUACUCCUCCCACUGCCAUCCAGGAUCUUUUUUUUUCUUCAGUGGAAAAUAAAUUGUUUUUUAAAAGAAAAUAAUUUCAGGAUGUUUUCUUAAUGGACUAAAAUGCCAACUCAGUUUGUUCUUGUUUCCUCAAAAACGUAUAAUCUUUUCCACUGAAGAAAGACAUGGAUAUCUUAGAUGACAUCAGGGUGAGUAAAUUAUUAGGAAAUUUUCAUUUUGAGGUAAACUAAUCCUUUAAUGUUACUUAUAUAUUAGAAAUAUAUAAAACAAAUAAUUAAACGAUUAAAUAAAUAUACUUGUGCCACAGCUAGUUAACAAUGAUUUUAACUAAGGUCAAAGACAAUUCUAGUGAUAUCAUAUACAUUUCUAGCUGUAAGAAAGAGUGCCUGAAAAUGUUGCUUGAUUUGGCUUAAUUGUACAGUAUAUAAUUUCUUCCACUAGGUACCAACAAUACUGUGCCUCCGUUGCAUCACAUUUGACACCAGCUGCUUCAGGUCAGAGUGCUAUUACAUCAUUUUUCCAUACUGGACCACAAGGGAUCUAUGACUCCAAGCAUCCACGUCAAAAGGCUAUAAGUGAUGCCCUUGUGAAAGAUCUUAUAAUUAGCUGUUGCUUGCCUCUCUCCAUUGUCGACAAUGAGGACUUCAGGCACUUCCUUCAUGUCCUGGACCCUCGGUAUAGGCCUAUAGCACGAUCCACUAUCUCGUCUGUGACCAUUCCAGGAAUGGUAAAAAUUCAAAAGGAAUUGAAGUGCCAGCUGGCUGAAGCAUCGAGUGUUGCUGUUACUACAGAUAUUUGGAGUGAUCGUAAGAUGCGUUCAUUCCUUGGAGUGACAGCGCACACAGUGACCGAGGUAAACCAUGCACUCAGCCUUCAGUCAUAUCUUCUUACCUGCGAAAGAGUCCAUGGCAAACACACCGGAGAAAAGAUUGCAAUGAUGUUUGAAUGCUGUGCUGAAGAAUAUCUAAUUAAAAAUAAGAUCAACUUUGUCAUCACUGAUAAUGCAUCCAAUAUGAGGAAAGCAUUCCAGGCCUGAUUUCUGCCAGAGGAAGAUGACGCUGCAGAGCCAGAGCAGGAGGAUGAAAUCUGGCAAGAUCUGACACCAGAAGACCAAGAGGCAGUCAAUGCUACUUUGGAUGAAAACUGUAAGAUGCAGAGACUGUCGUGCUUCACACAUUCACUGUUUGAGAGAAGCCAGUGGGCUGUCAGGCACCCUAUCCAACUGUCCCGUGCCGCCAACCUCCUUCACAGUGGCACCUCAUUUAAAGACUGCUUUGAAGCAACCUUCGGUGAUGCAACGAUUCCAACAGCAAAUGCUACGCGAUGGAAUUCUACUUUGAAGCAAGUGAAGGCAUAUGUGAAUUUUGACAUACAAAUGCUAGCAUAUGUGUUGGACUCAGAGGGGCACAAAAGUCUAAUCCUUUCACAGCAAAAAUAUGCUCAGCUUAAGCAAGUUCUCGACCCAUUCUUAGAGGCAACCAACCUGACUCAGGGAGAGAAAACUGUCACUGUCAGUGUUGUUGUGCCCUGUGUCCUCACUCUGCACAGUCAUCUGCAGGAAGUAAGAGAAAGAGUCAGAUACUGUGGGCCGCUGGUGAGAGCUCUGGAGAAGUCCAUGAAAGCAAGGUUUACAGAGAUCUUUAGUGCAGUGAUGAUGCCAGGAUGUGAGCCAGAAGAAGGAAGAGGUCCCACCAAAUUUCCUUUCACCAUUGCCUACUUUGUAGCAUCCGUGUUGGACUCAGCAUUUGGUUUCCAGUGGCUAGAACAUGAUGUGCAGCUGGACAAUAGCAUUAAAGGGCAACUAAAGAGUCAAAUUAAAGAGUAUAUCAAAGCAGAAGGCGAGAAACAGCAGUUACCAUCAUCAGCCGCUGCAACAGAGCCAGGGGAAGGUGAUAUUGCAGCAUCUCCUCCUGAGGCUCCUCAGAAGAAGCUGAAAAUGUUCUCCCACUAUCGGAAGACUCCCUCCUCGACUAACAAGCCGUCUGUCCAUGCUCAGUUGACUGCAUAUCUUGACCUGAUCGCCGAGCAGGACACAGUCCCAUGCUUUGAGUUUUGGCAGCAGCACAAAGUCAAGUUCCCUGCACUCUAUCAGCUUGCCCCUCAGGUAUUCUGUAUUCCUGCCACCAGUGCACCCAUUGAAAGGGUGUUUAGCCAUGGAGGCAUUUUGAUGAGGCCUCACCGUGCAAGAUUGAGCAGUACCAUGCUUUCAAAUCUGAUGCUUUUAAAAUGCAACAUGAAAAUGCCGCAUGAUUAAACAUGCAAUUUGUAAAUUUUCUAUGCUAGUUCUGAAUCACAAGUUCACAACAAUAGAAGUAAACACAUGCUUUUGAUGGUGUUGUAAAGUGUAUAUGUCAAAUCAGUAAAUAAACUCCCUUUGCAAUCGUGACAGUGGUGUCAUUUUUGUUUAAUUUAGAACCUCUUUAAUACAUUUUAUCAGUUUUUUGAAGGUCCCAGAGUGGAGACAUGUAGGCACUCUCAGACUCAAAUACGGGACUCGAGACUCGACUCGGACUCGAACACUGGGGACUUGAGACUAGACUCGGACUCGAACUCUGAUAAUGGUGAC